AAUCGUUUUUAUUCAGAAUGUGCUGCUGAGCCGUGUAUAUUCCACGAAGGACCACAUCAAGUGAUCUACGGUAUCCGGAAUGGAAUCGUUCAUUUCCGUAUAAUCAUUCGCGGAGUACCACAAACGGCAUCGGGCUGGACUGGGAUAGGGUUUGGAAACGGAAUGGUAGGUAAUUGUGAUUUGAAAAUGUUUGCUUUGUCUGUAUUGAUCAAUAAUGUCAUGGUACACAGCAGCAAAAUGGAAAACGGAAUGGUUUCGGUAACAUUUUCAAGGCCGGUCAACUCAAUGGAGUAUCCGUACGACAGUUCACUUCUUGGAUGCGUACCUUGGAAGUUUUAUUCCUUCCAGUUCCUCAUCGGCCUUAACCGUAUGGGUCCACAUGGUGAGCUUCAUCACCACAUGAUCACCCCUGUUCAUAGAACUGUCUGUAUUGACGAAUGCCGGAUUUAA